AUGUCAAACCUACCGGCUCUACAUAGGAUAUUCGGGUUGUUCUACAUCGUGACGUGCUUCUGUUCCGUCCUUUAUGGAUUUUCUUGCCUCCAAGCCUGGUGGUAUUUUCGAAGUUAUGCCUCUCGAGAUUGCUGGAUCGUGAAAUCCAUGGUUUCCGCUGUUAUGGUCUGUGAAACGAUACAAAUGACCUUAAUGAGCGCCUCUAUGUACCAAUAUUGCAUUUCUGGGGUAUUCGAAGAUGGCCUUAGAACGGAAGGGCACAAGAGCAUCGACAUACCAAUACAACAAACCUUUAUUGUCCAGUUUUUGUUCAGCCCAGGGAUAGCUAUUAUUGUCCAGAUGUUUUACUGCUUCCGUAUUUACAAAAUCUCCAUGUCCAAAAUCGUUCCCACACUGUUGGCGGCAGCAGGUUGGACUUCUUGCGUCAUAAUGUAUGUACUCACUGGAAUAACAUUGUGGAAGGGUCAAUCAUUUCGAGAUUUUCUUGAACCAAAAAUGGUAAUACUGUCCACCGUCAUGAACGCAUCAGCAGCGUUUUGUGACAUUGCGAUAUCCGGUGUCAUGGUGUUCUACUUGCACCGACGCAAGUCUGGUAUUAGAAGCUCGACGAGUAUGAUAAAUCGUAUGAUUCUGUUCAGUGCCAGCACCGGGAUGCUCACGAGCUUGUUCGCUCUGAUAUCCUUGAUAUGUGAAUUUACGCUCCCGUUUACUUUUACAUCCAUCUUGUUCUACUUGUUGUGUGGAAGAUUAUACACAAAUUCUUUGCUCAUCACUCUCAACGGAAGGUUGUACAUCAUUGAAGGAUCAACAACUCCCCAGAUCGGAUUCAGAAUACCCCGAAUCCGGAAAACUCGAAAAAGAGGUGGAAAUCAACGUAAAGUCUUGUCAACCCCGAUGGUGACCAUGAUCAUCGAGGAAAGUGUCGUUACCGAGAAGCCCGAAAAAGUCGAUGAAGAGGAGAACUUGACAGUUAGACAACAUGAAACUCCCGUGGAUAUCGAAACACCCAGACAUUGA